AUGGCUUCACGGCAUGAGCCCAAACAAAGUCCAGCUGAGCGGCGGAAGGGAGAAUCUGCACUCAGCGAAUUUGCCGAUUACGUGCAGAAGCAGCAAGCGCUGCGCCGACCGCCAGGCCAAGCCCCCGCCGUCCUCGAAGACCACGACGAGCUAAGCAUCUUGGACGAGCUCGGUCUCUCCGAUGACAACAAGACGCAUGUCCGCCUCAAGACGCUCCUUACCGACCCUGCCGAGGAAAACGUUGCAGCACUAGCUGAGCACAUCAAGGAACGUCUGGCAGAGGGUCAUGGGGAGGUUCUGUUCGAUGUAGGUAUGGAAGACAGCGGUGAUUCCAUGGGCUUCACCAAGAGUCAGUGGGAUUUCGCAUUGGAAAGGAUAGGGGCUGUCUGUGAGCAGAUCAAGGCAGACUACAAAAUGCUCAUGACGCGGAAUGUUGGUGGUGACGUUGAAGUCGGACCUCGUGAUGCCAAGGACACUGGAUUCAGUGGAAAAAUGAUCCUGCGACAACAGCCACAGAGUGUCGACGACGUGAUUGAGACGAGGAUAGCAGUGGUGGGAAAUGUCGACGCAGGCAAAAGCACUAUGCUGGGUGUCCUUGUUAAAGGCGGCCUCGACGACGGCCGUGGAAAAGCGCGCGUCAACCUCUUCCGCCACAAACACGAAAUCGAGAGUGGUCGAACCAGCUCAGUCGGCAUGGAGAUCAUGGGCUUCGACAGCAAGAGCGAAGUUGUUGUGUCCAACGUCGCGGGUCGAAAACUUACUUGGGAGGAGAUUGGACGGCGGUCGGCCAAAGUCAUCAGCUUCACUGACCUUGCAGGCCACGAGCGGUACUUGCGGACGACAGUCUUCGGCCUGCUGUCCAGCGAGCCCAACUACUGUCUCUUGAUGAUCGCUGCGAACAACGGUUUGGUCGGAAUGAGCAAAGAGCAUCUAGGUAUUGCACUCGCGCUCAACGUGCCUGUCAUGGUGGUCAUCACCAAGAUCGACAUAUGUCCUCCACAAAUCCUCGAGCAGACCAUUACUCAGCUCACCAAAAUCCUCAAGUCUCCCGGCGCGCGAAAGAUUCCCAUCUUCAUCAAGAACAGGGAGGAGUGCAUCAACACCGCCACCCAAUUUGUUUCCAGUCGCAUAUGCCCCAUCUUUCAAGUGUCCAACGUCACUGGUCAUAAUCUGGACCUGGUACGCAUGUUCCUCAAUGCGCUGCCCCACCAUGGCAAUUACGACAGCUCUGCGCCGUUGGAGUUUCACGUAAACGAUACAUUCUCGGUUCCGUUCGUCGGUACUGUAGUUUCAGGAGUUGUAAAGUCUGGCGUCAUUCAUUCUGGCGAUACAGUUUUGAUCGGUCCCGACAGUCUUGGCCAAUUCCAAACGACAAAGGUGCGCUCCAUUGAGCGAAAACGGAUACAAGUCCCUGGUUGCUCCGCUGGCCAGUCUGGUAGUCUUGCGCUACGCAACGUUCGUCGAAAAGACGUACGGAAAGGCAUGGUCGUCUUGCACAAAGCUGACAAGCCUGAUCCAACGACUGGUAUUCUCCCCAACCCCAAGGUGUACCGCGAGUUUGUUGCCGAAGUUUUGAUCCUAUCACACGCAACUACCAUCAAAACCAAGUACCAGGCUAUGCUACAUGUUGGUCCUGUGUCCCAGACCUGUGCAAUAAUAGACAUUGACCGCCAGUAUAUCCGUACUGGUGAUCGAGCCCAGGUAGCCUUCCGUUUUGUACAGCGGCCUGAGUACUUGACUGUAGGUGAUCGAAUACUCUUCCGUGAAGGCAGGACGAAAGGACUGGGUAUUGUCAAGAGGGUUGGCUACGACCCCAAGCAUCCGCUGAACCCCGAAUUGCAUAAAGAUGAGAAGGGGAAGGAGAAUCAGCCGGACGGUAAGAAGGUUGAAGCCUCGUGA